UGCGUGGAGGACGAUCAUGGGAGCCUGCCCGGAGGAGGAGUACUGGGACACCCUCCUGCGCUGCUGUGUCCCCUGCAGAUCCAUCUGUAACAGACCCAACCCCAAGAGCUGUGCCACCUUCUGCGAAUCACUCAAGUGCCACAGACAGCACGGGGUCUACUACGACACGCUCUUAAAGCAGUGCAUCAAAUGCUCGGCCACCUGUGGACAACACCCAUUGCAGUGUGCCCCUUUCUGUCAGAGCACCCCAACAGGGCAGAAGAGAGCCAGAUGGUCCCAUGAGCUUCCAGCCAACUUUGCUGCCCCAUCUUCUCUUGAACAGAAGCUGAGAGGGGAGGCGAGCCAGUUGGUGCUAGUCUACAGCAUCCUGGGGCUCUGCCUGUGCGCCGUCGUCUGCUGCUUCCUCAUCAUGGUCACUUGCUUCCUCAAGAGGAAGGGCGGUGAGCUCUCCUGCCAGCCGCCCUCGGUCAAAUGCCACACCCGGGGGGGAUCUUCUAAGGAUCACCUAAUGGAAGCGGGAAGCGACAAAGCCGGAUCUGGGGAAGGCAGGUCUCCGGAGCCUAUCGAAACCUGCAGUUUUUGCUUCCCGGAACAAAGACCCGCCAAGGAGAGCGCAGCCAAUAACGGGACCUUCCAUCCGCAAGGAAAGAGGGCUGCUGCCAAUGGUGUUGGAGUGGCUGGGACAGUGUCCAGCCUCCAAGACGGCUGCUUAAAAAUCAUAUGCUCGCCCUCUCAGGAGAAGAUGACCACGACAUGAAACCCCGGAAGGAGAGCUGGACUGUUCCUACAGCUGAAAGCAUCCAGGGUUUAGUCUCUCCCUUCCUGUUCUGAACCACUCUACCUUGCCUCAGAAAAAGAAGAGUCAGGUUUUUCUGCCUGAAAGGCAAACACCACUUAUGCCUAGUUCCUUCUGCUGUGGAAAUGAAUUUUUCUAACCGUCGGGCACACACGCAUGCGCACGCACACUUUCCUUCCUCAUUUGGCAACGCUAUUUUCUGACCACCUCAUCCUUCUAGCGCAGUUGAAACUGACCACGACUUAAAACGUUUCUGGCCCCUGCGGCAUUACCGAUUUCUUCAGCUCUGGAAACGGGUUUGUUGACCUGCAACGGCGUAACCCAUUUUAGCUCUUUAAACAGAAAAUGGCCACAUUUCCCCUUUUUCAAAUACACCCCAGUUGGAGUACAUUUGAAAGAACGUACGCACAGAGUAUCAGGCAAAUGCGCACCAGCACGUGGCAGCUUAACUCCCAAACACAAUCUACAACUUGGACUACACGCAUUUCUUUAAAAAACCUUACUCUCUUCCUGCUUCCUUGGUGAGGUACGUGAGAUGGGGGGCCUAAGGAGGCGAGCGGACACGAUGGCGAGACUCAAUGAACCACCUUGUAGUAGUCAUAUGUGCUUACACAGCAUUUUCUACUAGAGACCAAAUGAUUGGCCAGAAAUUCUGCUCUAUUUCCACAUUACUAGGUUGGUGCCGAUGAAUGAUAUGGAAGAGGUAAUCUAAUCCACCCCCGUGACUUCAGUCGGGAUGGCAGCUCGGCCCUGUUUCAGCCAGAUAGGUUUCUCUUCCAUUUUAUCGCUUACAAUAAAGCUUAAACGAUAGCCAACAGCUAGACCCUAAGAAAACGGCUCCGUUCUCCGUGAUUUCUUCCACAGUGGAGGUCAGCUGGUGGCCAUCAUCCGCCUUUCCUGUCCUUUUGUUGGCCAGUGAUUCUCCGGGGUAGUACCUGAUCAUUUUGGUUUGGCCAACAAAAAUAUUUAAAUCAUAAAAAGGGUGUUUCCACAUUACUCCCUUAGACACCGUCAGCUUAAAUCACUUACCUUCACAAAGCCUAGUUGUAAAAAUGUGGCCGUGAAAAGGUGAGGCCGUUGAAAAAUGUUUUUUGAGAAUCACUGUCAAAGAGACCAUGUUUUACCUGGCACAUCUGCUUGCCGAGCACUGCACAAAGAGGCAUUUAUGCCAGCAAAAACCAUGU